AUGGGGGAUCAGGACUUACCUGGUGUGUUGGUGUCUGGAUUGGAGGGAUCUUAUGGGAUAUGUGAAGAUCAUGUUGGAGAUCUGCAGAAACACUUUAAUCUCAUUACCUUGCAAGAAUUUUUGGAAAAUAAAACGCAAUUUGGCCCAAAGAUCCAAGCUGUAUAUAUCUGGGGAGGAAGGCCAGCUAUUGACCAGGAGCUCCUGGGGAGCCUGCCCUCCUUGAAGAUAAUUGCCAGCGCAGGAGUAGGUCUCGAUCACCUGGACCUGAAGCUCAUCGCCCGCUUUGGUGUGAAGGUAGCCAACACACCACAGGCCGUGUCCAACCCCACGGCGGACGUGGGGAUGGCCUUACUGCUGGCUGCGGCUCGCAGGGUCGUGGAAGGUCAUAUGUUGGCCAGUGCACCAGAUACAGAGACAUUUUCUACAAAUUGGAUGGGUCAAGAGGUGACGGGGGCUACUCUGGGACUCAUUGGCAUGGGCAGCAUUGGUUAUAAGAUUGCUCAGAGAGCCAAAGCAUUCGAAAUGAAGGUUCUGUAUCACAACCGGAGACGCAGGAAAUUAGAGGAGGAGGAAGCUGUUGGUGCCACUUAUUGUGAGAGUCUGGAUGAUCUGCUUCAGCGAUCAGACUUCGUGCUGUUGGCUGUGAGCCUGACGCCCCAGACCCAGAGGCUGAUUGGGAAGAGGGAGCUGAGUCUGAUGAAGCCCACGGCCAUUCUCAUCAACAUUGGCAGAGGUCUGUUAGUCGAUCAGGACGCGCUGAUGGAGGCUCUUCAGACUGGGGUCAUCAAAGGGGCAGCGCUGGACGUGACGUACCCGGAGCCCCUGCCCAGAGAUCAUCCUUUAUUGAAGUUGAGGAACAUCGUUCUGACACCUCACAUCGGAAGUGCUACGCACCAAGCCAGACGACAGAUGAUGGAGAAUCUGGUGGAAAGCAUCCUGGCUUCUCUCAAUGGCCUUCCCAUUCCUAAUGAAGUGCUACUUAAAUGAUCUUACGUGGGCUAAUCAGUGCAAU